AUGCGUUUAUUGGGCUUCGGUAUUGUAUUGAGUGUGCUGCUGACGGUUCACGGGGAAACCAGCUACACCGGAGAGCACACAAUCGGACUUCAGAAUGAUAUAGGGGACAACUGUUUGAGCGUCACAUUUCGAGUGGAAGUUCUAAACAUGGAAAACAAUAAUACGGUGCCGUUGCCGUUCAAUCUGGCAACCGGCAAAAUUGACGGCAAAUGCGCGAGGAGUCGACAAAACGAGGCGUCGAUCUCAUCGACGAUCGCUGAAAACGAAGGCCGAACCAAAACCCUGCUAUUCGCAUUUCGAACGGAGGAAAUGCGCGUGAAACGUGUGGACGAGCUCCGAUGGCAGCUCAAAAAUGUGAUCUACACUGAAGAUUAUGAAGGCAAUUCUGUUGCGUUCGAAUCCGACAAUUCGUCGAUCAUCUUCUCGGCUCCUUUAACUCAGAAAUAUGUGUGCGAGGAUCGCAUCAAUGUGACAUUGCACAAUCCCGACUACGACUUUCCCAUCGUUGUGAUGUUCCAUCCGGAAAUCGACGUUCAGCCGUACGGACCAAAAAGCAAUUCAUAUUUAUGCGAGCGGACGCGCAAACGAACAUUAUCGGAAUCGCUUCAGAAUCGGUCGACAAUAUUCUGCGGAGUUAUUCUUGCCAUUUCAUCGAUUGCUCAUAUUAUUGGCCAAAUGGUCCGAAGACAUUUUAUGCCACAACGAAAGGAGAUCUAUGAGAGCCUUUAA